UUGAAAGCUAGUAGCAAAGAAAAAUACUUAUUGGGGAUUUCAGAACUUCUGCUGUAGCAGCAUGAGUUAGGUGACAUAUCCUUGUUGGACUUCUGAGUACAGAGCACGCUGAAUGACAAUGGAAACCAACACCCUCACGAUCAUGAUGAUGAAUGUAACAAACAACGCUUCCGACUGCAUCCUUACAGCCAACCGGUUGGAAAAGGUGACUCUUCCAAUCUUGUACUCCGUCAUUAUUUGUGUUGGGCUGCCUGCCAACUUCAUUGCCUUAUGGAUGCUUUUGCAACACAACAGGAAACACGGCAUCCUCAUUUACCUGAUGAACCUUGCCAUGGCUGAUCUGAUCAGUUGCUUAACACUUCCCUUCAGAGCCACAUUGCUUUUCAUGGGAGACACCUGGAAGGAGAAUUCACCUACGUGCACCAUUGUAAUGAUUAUCAUUAACUUCAGUUUCUACUAUACUGUGAGCUGCAGCACAAUUUUCCUUGCAUUUAUCAGCAUCAGCAGAUAUGCCAUGAUUGUAAAGCCCAACAACAUGCAGCUGAAUAAAUUCUAUGGUACAAGUUUUGCACGGAAUGCCUGUACCAUCACCUGGAUAUUGGCAACAAUCCCCAUUCUUUCACUGAAUAUAAACUAUUUCAUCAAGGAAUUAGACUUUACCAAUGAUCAGGAUUCCGUGUGUUAUAACAUCCAGUUGCAAUAUGGCAAAAGAGUAUCUGCCAAUGCGUUUGUUGCUGUCGCUGUAAUUUUUUUGAUUAUUUUAGCCAUGUUUGCAUUUUCUUAUGCAUCAAUAGCACUGCACCUGUGCAUGGUGAGGAGAAAAAGCAUAAGUCAACACAAUCGAGUGAUCCAUGUACGAGCACAGAUGAUCAUCAUCGCUGCAAUGACUGGAUUCAUUGUCUGCCAUUUACCUUAUCACGUUUAUCAGAUUGUCACUGGGCUGCAGAGAUUGAAGAACAGCAGUUGCGAGCACCUCCUGGGGACGCAUCAUGUGAAACUGAUAACACUAUGGCUUGUUUCAUUGAGCAGCUGCCUGAAUCCUAUUCUAUACUUCCUACUGUCAAAAUCCUUCGUGGAAAACCGAUCAAAGAGAAAGUCAUCUGACAUGUGAUAUCAUCUUUGGAAUCACAGGCCCACAGCCUUCAGUAGUUUGACAACGAGGCUCACUGGUGUUUCCAGAAAUGUGCUUAUGAAUUUACUAUUUUUUAAAAAGUAGUAAAGAGUCGUUGUUGGAAAGCACCAACUGUUUUCAGCAUGAUCUGACUAUUGGCACAUCACUAUCACCGUGUCGUCAUUCAGAUGAAGAACUUGUACUGAGGCAAAAAUCGUGAACAAACAAGUAAGGCAGCUAUAUGAUGACACAAAAAAAGGAACUGCCUCCCCAAUAAACAAUUAGCUGGUGGUUAGAAUAUGAACAAAGACUGUGCAGUAAGUGGACUCUUCCACAAAAAUAAACCCCACGAGUCCCUCCAAAGUCAAUGCAAAAUUAAACCCCCAGAACAGGGGUAACCUGAGUAGCUUGGAGCAUUAAAAUAACUCACCAAGAAACAAAUGGCUCAAGAUUAAAAACAUCACCAAUUAAUUUGUUAUUCCAACAGAAAUAUUCAGGCAAUUAAGAUGGAGCAUUAGCUUUCUUUCACCAGUUUUCACCAAUCUGUCAGAAUCAUAGAGAUGUACAGCAUGGAAACAGAUCCUUCGAUCCAACUCAUCCAUGCUGACCAGAUAUCCUCAACUAAUCUAGACUCAUUUGCCAGCAUUUGGCCCAUAUCCCUCCAAACCCUUCCUAUUCAUAUACCAUUCAAAUGCUGUUUAAAUGCUGUAAUUGUACCAGCCUCCACCACUUCCACUGGCAGCUCAUUCCGUACAUACACCACCCUCUGUGUGAAAAAGUUGCCCAUUUAGAUUGCUUUUAUAUCUUUCCGCUCUCACCCUAAACCCAUGCUCUCUAUUCUUGACUCCACCACCCCAGGGAAAAGACUUUGUCAGUUACCAUACCCAUGCCCCUCAUAAUUUUAUAAACUAUUAAGUCACCCCUCAACUUUCGACGCUCUAGGGAAAUCAGCUCCAGCCUAAUCAGCCUCUCCCUGUAGCUCAAAUCCUCCAAUCCUGGCAACAUCGUUGUAAAUCUUUUCUGAACCCUUUCAAGUUUCACAACAUCCUUCCAAUAGGAGGAGACCAGAAUUGCACACAAUAUUCCAAAAGUGGCCUAAUCAAUGUCCUGUACAGCCACAACAUGACCUCCCAACUCCUGUACUCAAUACUCUGACCAAUAAAGGAAAGCGUACCAAACACCUUCUUCAUUAUCCUAUCUACCUGCGAUUCUACUUUCCAGGAAUAUGAACCUGCACGCCAAGGUCUCUUUGUUCAGCAACACUCUCUGGGACCUUACCACUAAGUGUCUAAGUCCUGUGCUGAUUUGCUUUUCCAAAAUGCAGCACCUGACAUUUCAUUAGCCCAUCUGAUCAAGAUCCUGUUUAACUCUGAAGUAACCUUCUUCAGUGUAAUCAUCCACAAAAAAAAAGAGUCCCUCCAAAACCUCACAAGAGCCAUUCUAUUGGCAUUUAUUGUGACAUUCUCAAAGAGUUUCACCUGAUGCAGGUAAAAGAAACCAAAGAGCUGGGGAUGCUGGAAAUCAGAAACUAAAACAGAAACUGCUGAAAUAACCCAGUAGGUCUGGCAGUGUCUAUGGAGAGAAAGCAGAGUUAACUGCUGAAGAAUGAAGAAGGGUCUCUGGACUUGAAAUGUUUUCUCUACAUGGACUCUGCCAGACUUGCUGGGUUUUCCCAGCGAUUUCUGUUUCACCUGAUAAAGUGCCGUGUUACUCCACUUUCUCAGAGAUUCCAGGGUAUCUUCCCAGGGGUCCCCCAGGACUUGCAUGAGGAUUGGGAGAACAGCACCAGCUAUGGCAGGAGGGAGUGAUGGGACAUCAAAGCUGUGAUUUUUCUGCCUCUUAUCUACAUGAGAUCUGUCUUUGUCUGGAGCUCCUCCAGCAGGGUCUGCUACGCAGUGUUUGUGACCCUGUACUGGACACUCUUUCCCUCAGUCCUGAGCCUGUUAUAGCCAAAGCAUGUUCACACCCUUUGUGGAACUGGAUGUGCGAAAUCCACAUCUACCACUCCACAGAAAUUGGUUUUCACCAGCACUCAAAUAUCGAACCUACAGAUUUCUGCUGGAGUACUCCAAUGAUGGUAAUCAGUAAUUAGGGCCAAAGUUGGAUCAGAAAACCCAGUCUUUCAAACAAGCACUAAUGCAAAAGCAAAAUUCUACGGAUGCUGGAAUUAUGAAAUGAAAACAGGAACUGUUGGAACUACUUAACAAAGUCUGGUAGCAUCUGCAGAGAGGAAAACAAGGUGAAUGUUUCAAGUCAAUGGUCCUUCAUGAAGACUUAAUUUGCUUGCAGCUCCAAUAAAAAGCUAUUGAUCUGGAAAGCUGGUUAAAAUAUCAUUUCCAGUUGCCAAUCCCAACACCAGCCUAAAUUCCAGAGCAGGAACAUGGUUGUGCCAACAGUGGGACUCCGAAGAAGAUUUGCAAAGUGGUGGCUCAUUAUCAGGCUGGCCAUGGGAGCACUAUUAAACAAUUGAGGCCUUUAAAUUUGGGCCUUAUGGAAACAGCCAAGGUACUGAGCCCCAGCAGGAGACUUGGACGUAGUCACUGUAAGAGGGAGGGAUUACAAAGACAAGUCAAAGUGCAGGCAUUCUGUAAAAAUUUGUAAAUAUUUUAAAAUAUACUGUGGCGACAGCAGUCAAGGUAUCACUGUAGUGGUGGCAACCCCUCCACUGGAUGGUCUGUGUCAGUGACUUGGAUCUUCAGUGCAGCAGAUGCAUCCUGAGCUGCUUUGUAGGAUAUACCUCUGGCCGCUGCUCUACUCGAGUGAGAGAUGUAGAUCACGGAAACAGACCCUUCGGUCCAACUCAUCCUUGCCAACCACAUUUCCUAAACUAAUCUCAUCCCACUUGCCAGCAUUUGGCCCAUAUCCCUUUAAACCCUUCCUAUUCAUGUAGGAAGAAGCCAGCACCACGUUAUCCACAAGCUCCAGCAACCUUAGAGGGCUUUGACACUUGGGAAAUUGAUAUAUUUGUCACUCUAAUCAGAUACAGUGUUAGCUAUCAACAUCUGUGAAGCCCAUAGGUGGAAACAUAGGAACGACAUGGCAUGGCAACACCAGGAAGCCCUAGGUAAUUCGAUUCCAGCCCUGGGUAACUGUCUAUGUGGAGUUUGCACAUUCUCCUUGUGUCUGCGUGCAGUUCCUCUGGGGGCUCUGAUUUCCUGCCACAGUCCAAAGGUGUGCAGGUCAGGUGGAUUAGCUACAGGAAAUGCAGGAUUACAGGGAAAAGGGGAUGGGUCUGGGUGGGAUGCUCUUCAGAAAAUUGGUAUGGACCCAACUAGCCAAAUAGCUUGCUCCCAUACUGCAGGGAGAAUUUCAUGCUGAAAUUAUUUUGCAGAUCAUCCUCUGCUCUUUAGGGUGGCACAUUGGCUCAGUGGUUAGCACUGCUGCCUCACAGUGCCAGGGACCCGAGUUUGAUUCCUGCCUCAGGCAACUGUCCAUGUGGAGCUUCCAUAUUCUCCCGGUGUCUGUGUGGGUUUCCUCUGGGUGCUCCGGUUUCCUCCCACAAUCCAAAGUUGUGCAGGUUAGUUGAAUUGGCCAUGCUAAAUUGCCCAUUGUGAUCAGGGAUGUGUAGAUUAGGUGCAUUAGUCAGGGGUAAAUGUAAAAUUAUAGGGUAAGGGGAUGGCUGUGAGUGGGUUACUGCUUAGAGAGUCGGUAUGGACUUGUUGGGCCUAAUGGCCGGUUUCCACACUGUAGGGAUUUUAUGAUUCCAUAAAAUAAUAAACUGUGGCAUUAUUAAUUACCAUUGUAGCUUAAGAGAUGUAAUUUAAUUGUUUAAUCAAGCAAAAUCUGCUGCAUUGACUUCCUGCUAGUGCUGACUUUCUUUUAAUAAACCGAUUUAAGUUUAUAAAUGAAA